AUGCUCUUUUCCAUUAUGGAUAGCAAUAGUAUGGCCAAUCAUUGUGGGUAUAAUGGUAGAUGCCCGGGACCACGUUACUAUGAUUUCUUUUUCUGCCUUUAUGUUAAGCUUAUUUAUUUUUAUUAA